UUCGCCGCCGCUGCCUGAGCUCAGUCAGGUGCUCGUUAUCCAGCGACGUAAACUUUCCAUUUGGAAAACUGAUUGGAUUUAGUGUCAGGACAAACACAGUUGAGGCCAUGCUAAGACGGAUCCUUCAAAUGACUCCUGGGAAGGGAGGCUCCCAGAACGCAGAGUCGGAGCCGCCCAGCACAGACCUGAACCACGAUCAGACGUCUGAGGGCUUCAUCUGUCCUCAGUGCAUGAAGUCUCACAACUCAGCAGAGGAGCUGUUCAAGCACUAUGAGCUGUUCCAUGAUACCGGAGACCUACCCUCUAACAUGGCCCCAACUCGGGAGGACCUUACGAUGCUUCGGCAGGAGGUUCAGGACCUGCAUUGUUCUCUUAAGGAGGAAAAGUGGUUUGCCGAAGAACUCAAGAAGGAGUUAGGCAAAGUCCAAGGACAACUGAAGCAAAAUGAUGGACAGAUGCCGGGCUCUGAGGAUUUAGCGCUUGAAAAGAAGCUGAACGAAGCAGAGACAGAAAAGUUCAACAUCAAGCAGAUGAAAGACCUGUUUGAGCAGAAGGCUACGCAGCUGGCCACAGAGAUAGUAGACUUGAAGUCCCGCUAUGAUGAGGAGAAGAGUCUGAGGGAGGCUGCUGACCAGAGACUGGGCCGACUGACCGAACAGCUUCAGAAGGAGAAGCAGGAGAACGAGAGACUCCAAACAGAACUGCUGCAGCGGCCGGGAGUGGAGGACGUGGAGGUGCUGCAGAAGGAGCUGGUGCAGGUCCAGACCCUGAUGGGCAGUUCCACCCGUGAGAGGGAGGAGGAGUCUGAGCGCCUCAAGACCCAGUACCAGCAGCUGCAGGCUAACCACACUACCUCUGAGAUUCUUAAACUGGAGAUGACCAUAUCCCAACUAAAAGCAGAGCUGGAGAAGGGUCCCCAGGAAGCAGCUGUCUACACACAGCAGAUCCACCAGCUGCAGAGCAAUCUGAACAAUCUGCAGCAGCAGAGCCAGAGCCUGUCUGAGAAGCUUCAACGUAAGGAGAAAGAGAACAAGGACCUGGAGGAGCGAUUUGGAGCUGAGAAGGCUGCCAAGAAGGGUGCUCAAGGCAGCCUGAGAGAGAGGGAGCUGGAGGUUCAGGAGCUCCAGGCCCGGGCCACGGGGGCUGAAGCCUCCCUGCAGAAGGCCCAGGCGCAGCUGGGAGAGAGGGCUGAGGAGGUGGCAAAGCUGAAGAGUGAGAUCACCGAGCUGGAGGUGAAGCACGCAGAGCUGAAGGUGGAGAGGAAACAGUUGGAGCAGCAAAGGGAGGACAAAGACAGCCAAGGUGCUCAGCAGCAGACUGAGAUCAGCCAGCUGCAUGCCAAACUGCUGGAGGCGGAGAGGCAGCUGGGCGAGGUGCAAGGUCGUCUGAAGGAACAGAGGCAGCUGUCUGGGGAGAAACUAAAUGACCGCGAGCAGCAAGCCGCCGACCUGCAGCUCAAACUGUCCCGGGCAGAAGAACAGUUGAAGGAGAGUGCCAGUAAGAAUACAGACAUACAGCACCAGCUGGAGAAAGCUAAGCAGCAGCACACAGAGCUGCAGGCGCUGCAGCAAAACACCAACGGCAAACUGCGCGAGGCACAGAACGACCUGGAGCAGGUCCUGCGUCAGAUCGGAGACAAGGACCAGAAGAUCCAGAAUCUGGAGGCUCUGCUGCAGAAGAGUAAGGACAUUGUGACCCAGCUGGAGACCGAGAGGGAGGACCUGUGUGCCAAGAUCCAGGCCGGAGAGGGAGAGACGGCUGUGCUCAACCAGCUGAAAGAGAAAAACCACGCACUACAAGAACAGGUCACACAGUUGACAGACAAGCUGAAGAACCAAUCAGAGAGCAACAAGCAAGCCCAGGAUAACCUCCAUAAGCAGGUCCAGGAGCAGAAGACCCUGCUGCGCUGCGCCCAGGACCGAGCCCUCACCCUGGAGACCUCCGUCACCGAACUCACCGCCCACCUGGCUGACAGCAAGGAGAAGGUAGCCCAGCUGGAUGCUCAGCUGAAGGCAAAGACAGAGAUGCUGCUGUCUACAGAGGCAGCCAAGGCUGCACAGAAAGCUAACCUGGAAAACAGCCUGGAGACGGCCCAGCAUGCACUGCAGGACAAGCAGCAGGAGCUGAAUAAAGUUCAGAAGAAGGUGGAGGAGCAAGCCCAAAAGCUUAAGGAGAGACAGGAGCAGGGCUCACAGCUGGACUCCAGUCUGAAGGAAUGCAAAGACAAACUCCUGGCCUCAGAACAGCGUAUAGAGCAGCUGGAGGCACUCAAUAAGAAAUUGGAGUCUCAGGUUGGGGAGGUGCAGGCCUCACGGGACCAGGUGCAGCAAGAAGUGCAGAAGCUGCUUAAGGAGGGGUCAGAGGUCAAACGGAAAGCAAAGGAGCUGCACCGCUCACUGGAGACGGAGAAAGCAGGGGCUGCAACACUACAGGAGGAGUGGAAGAAAAAUGCAGCUGCUUUGGGCGACGUUCAGCAGCAGCUGGAGCGCAGUGAGCAGGACAAAGCUGCUCUGCAGGUGAACCUGGACAAGGUGACCCAGGAGGGGAAGACUCAGCAUGCAGAUCUGGACAGGAGAGCUCAGAGCCUGACUGCAGACCUACAGAAGGCCCAGCAGGAGAAAGAGGCUCAGAAGAAGGAGCUUUCCUCAACACAGGAGAGCCUAGGAAAGGCUAAAAAAGCUCUGAAAGAGAGUCAGAGUCAACUGGACACGGAGAGGAAGAACCACAAGUCAGCCAUGGAGGAGAGGGAGAAGGCCAAUGAGAAGGCCAGACAGGAGCUUCUUAAGAGUAACGAUGCCAUCACCAAGGCAAUGAAAGAAUCUAAAGAGCAGUUGGAGCAGUCGGGAGAGGCAGAGAAAAAGUUGAAAGUGCAGCUGAGCACGUUGGAGCAGCAGCGCUCUAAGGCUCAGGGGACACUGACGGUGAAAGAGAAGGAGUUAGAGAAGCUGCGGGCUCAACUGAAGACAGCCCAGGGGUCCUUUGAGGAGGAGAGGAGGAAAAUGAAGGCCCAAGUUGCAGAGUUACAAGAAAGUAAUGUCAAGAAGGCAGAGGAUGAGAGUACGUUGAGGGCGCAGGUGUCAGCGCUCGGCCAGGAGCUGGGCUCUGAGAGAGGUCGGACUACAGAUCUGCAGAAGGGUUUGGAGCAAAACAAGGAGAGCCUCACUACGCUUCAGUCUGACUUCUACGGCAAGGAGUCGGAGGUGUCGGCCCUGCGCCAGGACAUGAGGGCGUCGGAGGAGAAGCUGAGCGUGGCUCAGGAAGAGCUGGCUGCUAACCGGACCCAUCAGAGCGGUUUAGAGACUCAGAUCCAGGAUCUGCAGACGGGCCGGGGCUCGCUGGAGAAGGAGCUGGCUCAACGGGACCAGAAGCUCCAACAGCAAGAACAAACCCUUAGCGAGCUUCAGCAGCAACAGAGUCAUGUAAAGGAGGAACUGGAGAAGGAGAGAAGCAAAGCAGAGGAGCUGAACAAAGCCAAGAGUGUCCUGGAGAAGAAUAACACCAGACUGAGUUCGGAAUUAAAAGCUCUCGCCGAGAAGAACGAGAAGGAGCUGGUAGAGCUGCGGGAAGCCAAACAGCUGUUGAUCCAGCAGAAACUGGAGCUGCAGGGUCGGGUGGAGGCCGCACAGAAGACCCUGGUGAAUGAGCAGAAAGAGCACAAGACCAGCCGGGACAGCAGGAGCCAGAGAGAGGAGCAGCUCCUCGCACAAACCAAGGGGGCCCAGGAGCAGUUGUCGGCGGAGAAGCGAGCCAGACAGGAGCAGGUGAAGCGCGGGGAGGAGGCGGAGGCUAAGAUGGGGGUGCAGGUGACCGCUCUGAACGAGAACGUGGCCACGCUGAAGAGAGAGUGGCAGGGCAGCCAGCGCAGGGUGGGGGAGCUGGAGAAGCAGACGGACGAGCUGAGAGGAGAGAUCGCCGUGCUGGAGGCCACGGUGCAGAACAACCAGGACGAGAGGAGGGCGCUGCUGGAGAGGUGUGUGAAGGGGGAAGGCGAGAUAGAGAAGCUGCAGGCCAAGGUGGUGGAGCUGAGGAGGAAAGUGGACGACACGACGGCCGCCAUGCAGGAGCUGGGCAGAGAGAACCAGUCGCUACAGAUCAAACAGUCCCAAAGUCUGACCAGGAAGUGGGCUGAGGACCAAGAGGUGCAGAACUGCAUGUCCUGUGGGAAGGGCUUCAGUGUGACUGUCAGGAAGCACCACUGCAGACAUUGUGGGAACAUUUUCUGCAACGAGUGUUCAGCGAAGAACGCCCUCACGCCGUCCUCUAAAAAGCCAGUCCGGGUCUGUGAGACGUGCUUUGAGGAUCUCCAAUGAUGAUUCGCCUCUCCCCCCUUUACCUCCCCCAAACCCCCUUACCCUCCCCCUCUUACUUCAGCGGGCAGAAGAAGGCGUCUCUGUCAUAUUUAAUGUGCACUAUUGAGGACAGACCCUGGGCAGAGACUCCCACCAGUGUGUGACGUCUGGCUCUGGUGGGAUAGGGAAACAACUGAGGAGACCCCAGAGCUGUGUGACUGGGGGGGGGGUAGGUUGGUUGGGAUUGUCUGUAUCGGUUUUUGUGCCUUUGCUACUCCUGUGGACUGCCAGAACGCGGAGACACUGAGAGCUUAACACCGCCCAUCUCUUUAAGUUUGCAUUCACAUCUCCGCGGCUGUUUGGAAUUAUUAGAAAGUGCAGGGGGUCGCUGUGUUUGUCGUAGGGUGAUUGACAUCUGCCGUCAGGAGGCGGGACACUGAGGGAAGUGAAAUGUUGUAGAGGAAGUGUUGAAAGUCACUGCUGCCCUACAAAGGUAAAUGCAGGAAACUGAAAGACGGCUUUGUCAAGAAAAUAACAUCUGUAAAUACCAAAUAUGACAUAUUUUAGUAUAACUGCAUCGCACCGAUCACUAAGAAAUGCAAAAUUUGAUGUUUUUUUUUUAUGAAAGGUAAACUCAAGUUAUCGGUACUAAAUAUUUUUUAUUUGGGAUUUUUUUCUUUUACGUGUCAAUACACAAGUGUGUUAUUUUAUUGUUUUUUGAGGAACCUCAUUUAAAUGACCUCUAGGAAAUCUUUGUUCUUGCGUUAACAGAAUAACAUGCUCAGUCAGUUGGCCCCUACACAACUCGUCCAAAAGUUGCUCAUUUAAUGUUUUCAUUUAAUGUUUCAUGGACAGGAUUUCAUUAAAAUGUAAGAUGUUAAAUGUCAAAAUACACAUUCUAUUUUGCAAAUUCACAUUGGUAUAGAGCAAUGGUCCCCUUUUUAAUAACAUUGUGCUGUACAGUAUAACGCAUUCAAUCAUAAUCUUUGGUAUUAUGAAUGUUCAAUUGUAAAAACUAAAACUGCUCUUCAGAAAAAAAAGGAAUGAGUUGAUUUAUGCACCAGCGAUUUCUCUGUACAGGACUUUUGACGUUGAAUCAGUUACUGCAUGUUCCCUUUGUUCGGCAGUGCGUGUGUGUUGUUUAUUAUUAUUGAUGUAUUCAGCCGAAUUCAUGACCAAAGAAUGUCUGCAGCAGGAAAACAGCGGAGAUGAAAACCCUGAACUCGUUUCAUGUCAGUAUUUUUCUAAGCGUCUCUUAAGAAGCUUUGAGUUUUAAAUGACGGGGUCCUACAUUUGUAUCUGGAAACAGCAUGGAUGACGACCUGAGAGGCUUUUUAUGCGCAGCCACAUUUCUCUUUGCGUGUUCAUUUCUGCAAAUGGUGGUGCUUUCUGCAGACUGUUAAAGCAGUCACUAAAGAUGCCUGCAUGUACAUUUUAACAUUUGAUUAUUUUUGCUGCUUGUCUCCACUGUGUGUGUGUGUGUGUGUGUGUGUGUGUGUGUG